AUGUCUAAGAUUUCAGUCGCCAACGUCCGGACUCAAGUCGGAGAGCUCCUUGAGUACUCCAACGAGACCAAGAAGCGCAACUUCCUCGAGACCGUCGAGCUCCAGAUCGGCCUCAAGAACUAUGACCCUCAGCGUGACAAGCGUUUCUCUGGCACCAUCCGCCUGCCUUCCAUCCCCCGCCCCAACAUGGCCAUCUGCAUCCUCGGUGACCAGCACGAUCUCGAUCGUGCCAAGCACGGUGGUGUUGACGCCAUGUCGGCUGAUGACUUGAAGAAGCUGAACAAGAACAAGAAGCUCAUCAAGAAGCUUGCUCGCAAGUACGAUGCCUUCAUUGCUUCCGAAGCUCUCAUCAAGCAGAUUCCCCGUCUCCUGGGUCCUGGUCUCUCCAAGGCCGGAAAGUUCCCUACUCCCGUCUCCCACGCUGAUGACCUGACUGGCAAGAUCAACGAGGUCAAGUCCACCAUCAAGUUCCAGCUCAAGAAGGUUCUCUGCAUGGGUGUCGCCGUCGGCAACGUCGGUAUGGAGCAGGAGCAGCUUGUUGGCAACAUCAUGCUUGCCAUCAACUACCUGGUCUCUCUCUUGAAGAAGGGCUGGCAGAACGUUGGAAGCCUUACCAUCAAGGCUUCCAUGUCUCCUCCCAAGCGCCUCUACUAA